GGUCAUCAUUGGUUCUCGCAUCUUCAAACCGUGCUCCUUCUUGUACAAUCAACCACGAAACACCAAAAUGUUUCCAUAAUAACAACAACCUCUUCAAAUGACGGAAAUAUCGUCAAAAUGCACUAUAUACUCCCUUUUCUGGCCAGCAUCGUAGCCGUAUCUGCCAAUUGCCCGAACUACGAACAAUUCGCCCGUGAACGACACGAACCUUUCUCGUCAGGGCGCCAUGCGUUUCCUUUUCAGCGUCCAGGCAAGGAUUGCCGCACAUAUUCAGUGCCAGCGGUUGAAAAGGUGAUCUACGAGGAGAUGGAUCAAGCGAUUGGUGAUCCAGAUUUGUAUCGUUUGUUUUUGAACACAUGGCCUAAUACACUCGACACAACCGUGAAAUGGCAGGGCACUUCUGCCGAUAACUCUGAUGAAGAGCUGGCCUUUAUUACCACGGGUGAUAUAAACGCCCUUUGGCUGAGGGAUAGUGCAAAUCAGCUCCAAUCAUACAAGUCAAUCCUUUCCUCCAACCGAGGCUCCCCGUCCGACGAGAACGACAUCGCCUCUCUCUUCCGUGGAGCCAUAAACCUCCAAGCCCGAUAUAUAACCAAAUCUCCCUUCUGCAAUGCCUUCCAUCCUCCACCUGAAGCUAAGCUCCGUCGUGUGAAACGAUCUCUCCAACCUCGAGACACCGUCAGUCCGAAAUAUGACCCCGAUUUCGUCUUCGAGUGCAAAUAUGAGCUUGAUUCUCUUGCAGCGUUUCUUCAAUUAUCAUGGGACUACUACGACGAAACUGAGGAUGGCGAAUUCUUUGGCAAGUUCGGCUGGGUCGAAGCCGUCAAGGCAAUCUUAAGGGUCGCGAAGCAUAUGCAAGAAGGGACAUACGAUGAGCAGGGCAGAGUGCGGAAACCUGCAUAUACAUGGCUGCGAAAUUCUGACAGUGCCUCAGAGACUGUGUCUAACCAUGGUCACGGCGCGCCUGUCAAGGGUCAUAUUGGCCUCGUGCGCAGUUUCUUUCGACCAUCCGACGACGCAUGCAUCUAUCAGUACUUCAUCCCUGCCAAUAUGAUGUUUUCACGCUACCUCACCGCAUGCGCAAAGAUAAUGAGACCUUUGGAUGAGAAGGUGGCCAAGGAGAUGGAGGCGCUGGCGUUUGAUAUCGAAGUUGGGGUUAACAAACAUGCUAUCAUCCAGCAUCCUAUUUUCGGAGAGAUGUAUGCUUAUGAGGUUGAUGGCUUUGGAUCCCAUAGUCUCAUGGACGACGCCAAUAUUCCCUCCCUCUUGAGCAUUCCGCACUUAGGCUACAAACCAGCCUCGCAGCACGUAUACGAUAACACACGCGCUUUUGUACUAAGCUCAUAUAACCCGUACUACGCCCGAGGACCUGUUCUGAAUGCUACAGGUGGCCCUCAUCUUGGUCCAGGCAUGGCGUGGCCUAUGGGGCUCAUUGUCCAGCUUUUGACGAGUGACGAUGACGAGGAGAUUGUGCAUGGCAUUCGACAGUUGAUGAACUCAACGAGUGGGCUUGGCCUCAUUCACGAGACAGUUAAUAGUCACAACGAGAAGCAUUGGACAAGGUCGUGGUUCUCGUGGGCCAAUGGCUUGUUUGGACAGAUGAUUAUGGACUUGUAUAAACGGAAACCAACAUUGAUAGCCAGGAGCUACCAGGGUGUUGAUGACAAAUGAUAUAUUAAUGUGUAAUAGGAAGCUCCGGAUGAGUCAAGAUUGAGUUGUAUAAAUGUCCUUAUUGAGCGACGAAGACAAACGUGCACUUACAUAUUUAAUCGUGGAUUUUGGUUCAGGUAACGCAAGUUGUUUAACUAUUAGCUUGUCAUAAAACGUUCAGUGUGAUUGCCUGUCUAAUGACCAACUAAGUACAAUACUUAUGCCGAAAGCCACCGUUGUCUCAUCAUAGUCAUAACUCCCAAACAGCCAUUUCUGAUGCAAACGCAAAUAAAACACCUCUCAUCUGCCUCCUGAUUCAUUAAAAAAGGAUAAAGUCCUGCUUAACUUAAGUCGAAACCUGCCCCUGACUGUACAGCAUAAAGUAACUUCUCGCGAAGCGUCGCCUCUGAUGUGUAUCUUGGUAAUUUGAGUAGGUUAACACAUGUGCUAGUACUGGGUAGUCUCUCCUCGUCCGUUCCUCCAUCUCGAAUGCUGAACAAUGGUCUCAGUUGUGAGAAGCCUAACAAAGGGGCUCGGGGUGUCGAGCUGACGUAUUUGAGAACGGCACGGCGUUGAUCAUCUGUGAAGCUACGCAUGACUUUCCAGAACAACUUAAUUGUUUCAUGCUCUUCACCGUCAUCGCCAAUUUGGUAUAAGCCGCUAUAGAUGGUAUGAUUCCGGAGGUCUUCGAUAUCGAUCUCGGAUGAGUCGCCGCCGACAAGACGCUGCAGCUCCGACUGAUUAAACAUAGACAGCCACGACGGGCGGAUAAUAGACCUCAGACCGCGCAAGAAGGCUGAGGUCUGCGGUGCUGGUUGAACGACCAAACGGUGCCGAGCGACAUACGAGAUGUACAAGAGUCGGUUGUCGUUCGUAACAUGGAUCUGAUCGCCAUUGGCUAUAAGCUUUCUGGUGACAGUCUUCACUGGAUUUUUAGGGUCUGAAACCUGGUCCUCGAUGGUGAAGUCGAUUCCCAGUUCAGAAACAUCCCCAGGAUAAUUCUUGAGUCGCAGCAUGCCUCUAUAGAGAUCCUCAUCCAUGUCUCGAAGAUCGUUCACGCUACCUUUAUAAGUAUUCUCAUCAUUGGGCCCUGUCGAUGUCCACUUGAGGAGAAAAAAGCCAGCAAAAGCUAGGUCAACGAGAAUGCCCUCAUACAUGCAUUUGCCCACGAUCCUGCCGAGAAAUUCAUAUCGCUUGAGUAAAUCUGAUAUCAUAUCUCGGAAUGUGCUGUCGGCUUCUGUCAUUCCGGCAUGGCGCAAUUCUUCCCGAAUAACAUCGAGGGCUGUGGGAUCAGGGAACAGAAGUCCCUUUUCGUUCGAAGUGAACAUGCCUCUACCACCUUCAGCACCGAAAGCUUCUGUCGUUACGCUGAUAAGGAACUCUUUGGUGACACCUCCUCCAUCGAUACCAGCCUCAGCGGUACCGAACUGAUCAACAAAUGUGAUCUGGAUAGGAUCCUUCAGACCUUCCCCUAUCUCGUAGAAUUGCUUAUAUGCAUCGUCAAAGAGACUGUUACGUGAAAUCUGUGCAUGAUGCUUCGCAUACGGACCGGCAAAAAAAGACUGGCUGUUAUCCCCUCGUUGCUGUCGGUCGAGUUGGAUAAAGUGGCGAAAGAUUUGAACACGAGUUUCGAAAGGAACUGCAAACGGCAUAUGCUUUAGAAUCUCCAGCUUGGGCUUCAUCUCUGCUAGUCGACGCUCCCUUUGACUUCGAAUCUGCUGAGCUUUUAGUUUCUCGAGUCUCGCAUGUCGUGACAGUCGCUGGCCAACGAUGGUUGAGUAAAGACCUGGACCAUCCCCAUGUUCACUGCCCUCGACAUCGCUGCCAUCAGAAUUUUCAUCGAUCUGUCGCUUUUCCUCUGCAAUAACGGCACUGAUAAAGUCUGACUGGUCUAGUUUUGAGGUCAUGAGCCAAUGGUCUGUGGGUAAGAAUUGCUUCCUCGAAUCUCUUUCAUACAGCAUUUUCAUAGCUGUUGUAACAAUGUUUCGUAGGCUGUCAAUAUCAAGCCUCGUCGGACUCUUUGUGGGUGAUGAAGGUUCCUCUGAUAUCAUUGCUGAAGAUUGUCCGGAACCAAAAUAGGUGUCAAUACGAUAUCUGGAGGCUGCCUCGAGACCAUCAGCAGAUUUGGAGAGGUCUUGAGCUCUGUAGUGAAGAGUAAAUGCAGUAUUCUUCAGAAAGCUCGUCAGCAUUUUGACGUCCUCCAAAGACAGGCUGCAAGAUCGAAUGCGGGAUAUUGAUUGGUUUUGCUCCAUAAUCCGUGGGUCAAUACCGCUGAAAAAAUCCUCGUCAUCGCUCAAACGAAGAAUGAAGAUGUACAGUUCAAGGAACAAGAGGGCAAUCCGCCAAUCCUGUUCCUCUUCUAGGGAAUUUGAAGUCUCUGAUGUGACACCCAGAUACCUGCGGAGGACGUUGAGCGGGGCCUCUGACUCAGUCCUCAACUUCUCGAAGACCGCCGUUUCACUCAUAAUGUGCCAGAGAAACUUUAUCGUUGGGACAUCACCCGAGAUCGUAGGAAUUUCUUCAAGGAAGAGGCGCAUGCGUAUGUCGUCGCUGUUUGCAGGGAAGCAUCGGAGCAGGGUCAAGAUAUACCCAGCCAAAAAACUCGUGCUCUGAUAUUCUUGCGAAGAGGAUCCUGCCAGGUUGGUUGAGAAUUCGUGUAACGUUUGCGAAAUGCCAUUGCUAUCCACUAGGGACAUGAAUCUAGCAGUGAUAUAAGGAUCUAGUGAUGGCACGAGAGGUUCUUCAGAGCUAUUCUCGUCGCCAUCUGUCGACUUUGCCAACAACCGGACACUGAUGGUAGAAGAAAGACUAGACAAUUGAGUGUAAAGCGUUUCCAAAACACCCGAGCCGCUGCUGCUGUUGGCGUUAAAGCGACUCAAAUCGAUGAAGUGGGCGAGCUGCCAGAGUUGAGCAUCCUGAAAGUGUUUCUCGCUCGAUGGAGAGGACAGUCCUGUGACUAUCGCCUUUGAAAGAUCGGAAAGUCUGACUGCGUUGGAUAGAGUGGAGAUAUUUUCUUCAAAGAAGUACAAAUUAUUCUUGGCCAGGAAAGAGAAGGCGUAUGCACGAUAAACUUGUGAUGUCCCUGGAAAACGUUAGUAGAAUACCAAGGAUCCUGAUCGGGAGACUUGCCU